AUGGUACUGAAAAUCUUGCUAAUAGCGCUGCUAUAUUACCCGCUAUCGAUUGGGCUUACAUUUUACCAAAAAUGGUUUAUAAAGAAUUAUAAAUUGCCUUUAUUCGUGGUUUGCUGGCAUUAUAUUGUGAAAUAUGUUGCCGCCAUAUGCAUACGUUUCUUAUACGAAGUUCUUCAUAAGAAACGUAUACGACUUCAUAUGAAAGAACAGCUGAGAUGGCUAGCGCCCAUUGGUAUAUGUGCAUCGCUUGAUAUUGGGCUAUCAAACUGGGCUCUCGAAUAUGUCACUGUCAGUUUGUACACAAUGGCAAAGAGUAGUUCCAUUCUGUUCAUUGUGGCAUUCUCGCUACUGCUACGAUUGGAGAGGUGGCGUCCGACACUCGGUUUGGAAGCUGCACUGAUCGCUAGCGGUCUUUUCCUAUUUACAUGCACUAAUCGUCAAUAA